AUGGCAGCCAAAGGAGGUCAUGCUGAAAUCCUAAAAUACCUUCUCUCUAAACCAGAACAGCUGGUUUCAGUAAACGAGAGAAACCAGAAUAUCUUGGAUAUUGCUAUCGAGGCACGGCAGGAAGCCGUAGCGUUGGCGAUAGUAGAACACAAAAGGUGGGAAAGAAAUUUAUUUUCAAACAGUACCUUUGAAGACUGAUUUUAUAGAGAGACCAGCUUCUGUUUGCGACUUGUAUACGUGGUUUCCUAAAUUGACGCUAUUGAGACUAAAACCUCACCUCUCCUGUUAUUAGAAAACGUGCCAAUGAAACGUAAAUUAAUAAAAUAGGUUUGGGAAAAUAAUCCGAACGUUAAAUGUAUUUUACGUGACUUCACGUCAUCGCUACUCCUAAAGGUCUCCAUCUUGAAUCCACCAUAAUUGAAUUUAACCCGCCACUUUCGAAAAUCAGGACAAAUUCAAUAAAAAAAUUCAAGGUGCUAAAACAAUUUCAGCAGUCUUGAUGUUAAUUUUCAUGUAGAGUUUCAAGAGACCACUAAAUUAGCAAACAAAAGAAAAUCUGGAUUUGCCGCCGUCUCCGACCAACAACGAUUAGGAGCUUUUAAUGCAAUGACAACGGCUACGGCUACGAAAACGUCAGUAAAAAAGUUUGUUCGCGCUGGUUCAAACUUCAUCGCGUUUAUUCCAUCUCGUUAAAUUCGUCAAAUGUUGGCGAAUUUGUCUGGAUUUAGAUUCUAAUUAAAGGACUGUGUCAAAGUUCAGGAAAAGCAAAAGACGGUUGUUGUCUUGUGUUCACGUCCUCCACAAAACGUGAGAUCAGGCAUUUUCACGUCGUAGCCGUGCAACGACGGCAAGGAAAUGAACAAAAAAGCGUGAUGUACGUGCAAAAUUGUUGUUUUUGCCAAUCUGAACUAAUUGCUUUUUUGCCGUUCUCGUUGCCGUCGCCGUUGUCGUUGCCUAAGCUCCCUUUUGCUCAAAAGUGACUUCAAGUCUCACUGGUAAUAAGGCGGCCAUGGCCUAUUAUCGAUCACUUUUUUUAAGCACCUAAAACGAACAAGUACAAACGUUUGUAGAUAUUUUCACGCGAUGUGAAAUCUUGUAUUCUAGAUGGAAGGAAGUUCUUCGCACCACCACACAUGGUUCGCAUACUCAGAUUCAGCUUCUUGUCCAGCACAUGCCGGAAGUAGCAAAGGUAUAUGGCUCGACUUAACUUUAAAUUUGACAAACCAUUUACGUUAGUCAAUUGAUAAAAGCGUUUCCCCUUGCUUGCUUAUGUUGGUCUUAAAGCUGAUUUCUGCUUUCACGUUCAUGGGCUCUUACUUACGUAAAUAAAGUACAGGUAACGGUUGGAAGGUCGUGCGUAAGCAUAAAAGUUGAACCCCACUAAACUUUACCCGCAGGCUUUCGUGCAUCAUCUCUGUCAUUAUAUAGUUACGCACGUAAAAGUUGUCCGACUGACGAGUGUGGAAAUCUACUUUAACUCAUCGAUAAGAAAGAAGCUACAGAAACCGUUUCAUUUGGAUAUUUCAUUCAGAAGAUGAGAGCAUAGAUAAAUUAAUUAUAAAUUGAAUAAACAAAACUGUCUUUUAAAGGUACCUGAUUUCUUCGGAGAAUUUUCUGAUACUUCAUUUGUUAAAUUUAGGUGGGAUGAAACAAAGUAAUUGAAUUAUGUUUUACGUUCAAAUCACUAGCAGUUAUAAAACGUGUGCUGCAAAGUUUUAUCUUCUUAAGUUAAAACUUCCGCGGCCAACACAAUUGUAGAGGAAUUCAGAGGAAUGAUUUUUUUGUCUGUUUAACAAUGUUGAGAAUCAAAUGCAGCCUUUAAUUAACUGCUGUUAUAAUUGAUAUAACAGAUUUUUCCGUCGAUCCGCGAAAGCACGGAUUUAAACUUUAUUGCAAUUUUUGAGCAGUCAAAAGCCUUACCUGAUUUUAAAUAUUGUCAGGAGAAUUGGCUCCUGACAUUGACAUUUCCAAAUAUAUAUGAGGCUGAAGGACAACAUCUAAAGUUUAUUUUGUUUUUUUGUCUCUACUAUUUUCUGCAGAAAUUUCUCGAUCGCUGUAUUGUCGAAGAGGGUGACCCAGAAGAUGAAGAUUACAAGGUAACUUCAUUACAGGAAACACUUCCAAGCCUUUUAGAAAAGGCAGCCCAAACGGCAAUGAUGGGAAAUCUAUAUUGCACGUAACCAAGCAUAUCUUCUCAAUAUUUUUCUCUGAUGGAAUUUGAAGACGGCAAACUUUCCACGCGGAAAAUUUAACAAAACACGAAUCCUUCCUAUUUUCUCUAAUUCCAAUGUAAACUCUUUAAAUUUGCCAGUAGUAUUUGAUCUUUAGGGGUAACCAGGAGAAAGGCUUCAAUUUCGAUUGCUAUUCCGCCUGGUAUAUUAUAUUAGCAGAAAUCCCCCGUAACAUCCCUAAACAUCGGACAUAUUUCCGUAUCCGAUUCUUCACCCAAAUCCCAAAUUCUCUGCUAAUUGCUCGUAUCCAGGCUUCUCGCGCGUUAAGUUUAGGCUGCAUUCAGCUGAAGUGGAAAGCAGUAACGCGUUAUAAUAAAAUAUAUCUUAAAGACCUAUGUUUGUUUAAUAAUUCUGUUGUUGUAAAUGUCAUUCAGGUUUCAUACGAUCUUCGCUUCAUUCAAGGCAUGCCGGAUGAAAAACGAAAGGAAAAGAACGCGAAAGAGUCACUGAGUGCUCUUCAUGUAAGAAUUAAUUAGUUUUAUUAUAUAGACACGUGUGUUUUACUGGAAAAUAUACCAUUCGUAAAAUUCAUAAAAACUACAUCCGGGAUCCCAGUGGUUUAUUUUCCAUAAUCUCACACUUGAGUUUAUCGAUGACGUAAUUUCGGUAAUUUCCCUCUAUUAUUUUAUCGAUGUCUUUUCAGUCUAUAUAAUAAAACGAACAUUACACGGCGGCUUGAAGAUAUGAAUUUUAUUUUCUCGUGGCAAAGACAAUAUUUUACUCACUCGUUGCGCUCGUUCGUAAAAUAUUGUUUUGCCACUCGAAAAUAAAAUUCAUAUCUUCGCGCCACCGUGUAAUAUCCUCUAUAUCUUUUCACUUCAUACUUUUCCAUUGUAUAGAAAAGAAAUAUUUAGCUCAAACGCCGCAAAUAUUAUCUUGCAACAUAUUCUUUUGAAAAUUCACUUCAUGAUUUGCUGGUACAAUUCUACAUAGUUAUCAUUUCACCACUCUACUGGAGGAUCAACCGGAGGCGGGGGCGCCUUUCCUUGCUUUCUUUUUUCAUUUCAGUUUUUGGGUACUCGAGUAAGACUCUGUAUCAAUCAAGUGAGAUUUCUGUGAAGUAUGUGCUGCUUGUUGUUGAAAUAUAGUUUCGAACCCAGGCCUAAUAUCUGUGCCCUUGAGACAGGGGGCUCAGUUAUGACCUUCGGUUUGUCAAUAAACGGAUGCUUGCCCUCGAAGAACCAGUUUGACGAGAAAAAGCACGAUUGAAUAGCCCAGAAGUUCGGGCUUCGGAGACCUCAAAGGCUUUUUGCGAUUCAAUGCGAACCUCCUUUCCCCCUUCUCACUCAUAAAGACAAAAGGAGGCUCUACUCGAUCGCAGGGUGGAUACCUCUAAUUUGUAACUAAUUUGUAAUUUUUUAACCAGGUCUGGAUCUGCCACUGUACACCCGCAGCUAAACCAAAACCAGACAAAUUCUAUUUAUUUUAAGGCAGAAUAUUGGCAAACUUGCACUGACAGUAUAGUAUAUAUACUCAUGCAUUCACCGCCAAUAAAUAAGAAAAGAUUAUUUGUACAUAUUGGAUAGUCCUUACAGUCAAACCGGGAAAACCGUGGACACCAGAAAUAUUUCUGGAAUGUUAUUGUCUUGCAUGAGAAAAGCCAAUCAGGCAUGAGAAAACUAAACCAGAAGCAAGAACAUUAAUUAGUUUGCGGUUUUGUGGCUAGUUCGUGUGUCCUGAUCUCUGCUGUGAUUGGUCAUAACACAAUAAACAUUCCUGAGAUAUUUCAAAAGUUCACGGUUUUCCUGGGCUCGAUUACCAGCCGCUGUUCGGGAAAUGAGUCCGCACUACUCUCUCGGGGAGGGCCAAGAGAGCGGCGGAAAUCAAGCCUACAGUUUUCCCGGUCGCACUGUAAUCAUUUAAGAUAAUGUAAAAAGAAUAAGCUUUAUUAUUUUCUGUUUCUCUGCAGACAAUGGUGAAGUACCAGCGUCUUCAGUGUCUUACACACACUCUUUGCUCUGUUCUCAUGGAUAUUAAGUGGUACGAUCUCAUUCUAUUA